UGUCCCGAGCGCUGCCCGUGACGUCAGGAGCGCGGGGUGCGCAGCAGGGCAGACUCUGCAUCCCACAUGAACUACGAUAAUCCUCCUCCUUACCCCGGCCCGGGCCCCACCGCCCCGUACCCGCCCUAUGCACAGCAGCCGGGCGGGCCCCCCGGCCCCUACCCCGGGUACCCCCCCGGGCCGACCGGGCCCUACCAGCCGGGCCAGCCGGGUUACCAAGGAUACCCCCAGUACGGAUGGCAGAAUGCACCUCCACCUCCGGGACCGGUGUACGCCGACGGGCCUAAAAACACAGUGUACGUCGUGGAGGAGCGGCGGAGGGACGACACGGGCGAGAGCGCCUGCCUGACAGCCUGCUGGACCGCGCUGUGCUGCUGCUGCCUCUGGGACAUGCUGACCUGAGCCGCCCGCCGCCCGCAGAGCGCUAUGCAGCCUCCCCACUCCUGCCCCCCGACUUCUUCUUUCUGUUACUGUAAUCAACUGCUCUGCUUUGCACAGCCAAGAGGUUCCCGUCUGUCCGUCCUAGCGCCUUGUCGGGGGUGGGGGGGUGCAACUCCUUUAUUUUAGUAAAGGAAAAGGAGGAAAGGAGAAAAAAAAAUCCCUUUUUAACAUUUCUAAGACUUUUGUUGUAACUUUGAAGAAUGUGCUGAUGGUGUAUUUCAGCCAAAGGCAUUCUGAUGAAAUGUAUAUUUACCAGUUGAGAUUUUCCUAGCCCUAGAGACGAAGACAUACGCAAUAAUUAAAGCCAACAGUUGAUUUUCUUCGCUA